AUGGCGCGCCCCCGCACAAACCCCUUCAAGGAAGCCCGCUCCUGCCUCACCCUCUUCACCCACUCCCGCUCCACCCGCUGGCCCUCCCGCACCGGCCUCGCAACCGACAUCCUCCUCUUCCUCUCCAUCCUCUUCGCCGUCGCGCAACUCGGCUUGUGCGUCGCCAUGGCCCACCGUCUACUCGCCUCUCCCCAAAGCGAAGUCGAAUGCUGGAAUGUGGAUGACAGUAGCAACUUUGACUUCACCAGCAUGGCUAUCUACUUUGGCUUCGCGCUCGCUGCCGCAUACAUCAACCGAAAGACCGAUGCGCAACAGUCUAUGCGCCUAGACGAUCUCAGCGGCUCUUCUUCCCUUACCCCCGCCCAACAGAACCUUCGCGACUUUCCUUCUUCUGGAAUCGGUGCUAGUGCUACGCCCGUUCCGUUGAACAACUUCGGUCUCACGUUCAUCGAUGGUACCCCAGGCCAGCAGCCGAAGAAUGCGAGAUCACCAGCGUCGCCCGAGGAUCUAGAAGCGCAUACGAACCCGUUUACAGAUCCGGCAAAUCUGCUUAGGGAAGGGGCAGAUGACCGACAGGUUGUACCGCCAGUGCCGGCAAGACAAUGGAGGUAG